AUGUUCCUCCACGGAUAUUCGAACUAUAUGACCUACGCAUACCCAGCUCCACAGCUCGAUCCGCUUGCGUGCGGCAAGGCUCGCUUUCCACAAUCAGACAUUCCCUAUAUGACGUUGAUUGACACGCUGGACACGCUGCACGUUCUCGAAUUCGACGAUUUGUUCAUCGAUGCGGUGAUUCGACUGGAAGCCCUUCCCGAUUUCGACUUCGAUGAGAACGUCAGCGUCUUUGAAACCACCAUUCGAACCUUAGGAGGACUUCUCUCCGCUCAUAUGCUGCUUACAGACAAUGAAACCAUCAUCGAGGCGUUUAAUCAGCGCCACCCCGAAGCCAAACCGUUUCACUACUCCAAUCAUCUGCUCGAUCUCGCUCGGGAUCUUGGCGAUCGAUUGCUCAAAGCGUUUCAACCGAACGGUUUGGCGUUCGGAUCGGUGAAUUUGCGGCUCGGCGUGCUGUGGAACGAGACGCAGAUCUCCAGUCUGGCGGGAAUCGGCUCGUGUUUACUCGAGUUUGCCGCGCUUUCUUCGCUGACGGAUGAUUUGAAGUACAUCGAUACGGCGCGGCGAUGCAUGGUCCGUCUGUAUGAAUUGCGCUCGCCGUACGAUAUGGUCGGAAAGCACUUGGAUAUUCGGAAGGAGAAAUGGACGGAGUUGAGCUCGUGCUUUGGUCGAAACAGCGAUAGUUACUACGAAUAUCUCUUGAAAGGGUACAUUCUGCUCAAUGACAACCAGCUCUAUGACAUGUUUAUGACGCUGUAUUACGCGAUCGACGUUUACAACAAGGUUGAUCAUCGGAUGGUUGUUGAAUUGCAGGAUAAAGUCUUUUGGCAUGAAGUCUCGGACUACAAUAAGCCGGAAACGCUGGUUCCUUUCAGCUAUUCGCUUUCGGCUUUCUGGCCGGGCGUUCAGUUUUUAGCGGGAGAUUAUGUGGGAGGAAAAACGACGCUGAUGCGUUUUCUGUAUGUGUGGGAUUAUUUCGGGUAUAUUCCGGAGUAUUUCAAUAUCGCAGCCCGCGAAGCAGUACAUGGCGGCGAAGAGUUGCAUUGUGUGUUGCUUUCAACGCUUAGCUACCCGCUUCGACCGGAGGUGAUCGAGAGCAUGAUGUACCACGAUACGGUGUUUGGAACGGGGGAAAUGGUGCAUUGGGGAAAGAUGAUUCUGCAUCAGCUGAACAAUACGCGCACCAAAUGCGGAUGGGCUUCGAUCAAAAACAUCAUUACGGGGGAAGUGAUCGGCGAAAUGCCUUCCUUCAUGCUCUCCGAAACGCUCAAAUACCUCUAUCUGCUCUAUUCCAACGUCUUUCUUCGCUUCUUUUUGCAUGUAGGACUCGCAAUACCGCGGACGCGAAUGGCUCUUCACCACCGAAGGCCAUCUCUUCAACAUCUCCCGCAUCCAAUCCAACGCACAUCUCCGCAACGUUCUUCCUGGCUCCGUCCUCCUCACGCUGUAGUACAUCCAAGAGGUCAAUUCGCUCUACGAAGAAUCCACCGAUCCGCACUGGGAUCUUCGCUGCUCCGCCUCCUUCGCCAGCGAUUUCUUUCACCAGGCUCGCUCGGUCGUGCAGCCGCCUCGCUGCGUCUUCCAGCUCAACCCCUCGGAGUGUCGCAAGCCGCUCGUUCCGCGUCAAUGUCCCGCCGUGCGGCCGCAGGAGCUGCUGCAGCGCCCCUGGGUGUUCGAGGACCUCGUGUUUUACACGCAUCGCCGACAUCAAGGGAUCGAACUCUACCCUCCAGUCCCACUUACACAACCAACAACAGCUAG